AUGAGCCGCUUCUUCAAGAUGGGAGUGUAUAACCCUCCGGAAAAGAAGCGAGACAACCUUAUUCUCCUCGCGUUCUGGAGCUGCCUGCAGUUGGAAAACGAUAUCAUUGCGGGGCUUGAACUCCCACGGUCAAGGUGUCAGGACUAUGAAGAACAGAUGCCCUGGCCCAACAUGGCCCUCAUGGACCCCGACUUUUCGGUCAGUGUCCGCGACUCUUACAUCGGACAGCUGUACCUGCGCAAGACGCUCAACACCAUCCACACGUUGCUGUACGAUCCCAAAGAACAACACGUAUCAGUGUACGAUAAGAUGAGAAAGGUCCAGGCCCUGGAGCAACAACUGCGAAGCAUGACGUGGGUUUCCAAUGACUUUAGGUUCAAAGAGGAAGACCCCCCCGCGACCGACCUGCUUGACGCGAGACUGCGCGCCAAGUACUGGGGCGCCCGGGUCAUCAUCUACCGGCCCUUCAUUAGGUUCAUCCUGGAGGUCUCGGAGAGGCCGAAUCAACGGGCGAACGACUCAGGCAUUCUGAAAGAAAACAUCGACGCUACCGGCGUCUUUAUUUUGUAGCUCUUCCGUUCCAACAUAAUUUUGCUCUAUCGGACAGCAAGUGGCGGGUAUCGAUCGACCU